AUCAGAGUUCCUAAGUUGCAGGAUUCCGUCGUGUAAAAUUGAGGGCGAUUUAGAUGUUGAAGAAGUUGAAGUAGCGCACUUCUAUGUCCUGCUCAAUUUGAAGAUCAUUGUGUAUAGAGAUACAUCCCGAGGCUCUUAUUUCACCCGAAGUACUCGAAGUUGAUGACGAACAGGACACAGCUCUGACACGAGAAUCAAUUAUGACUGCAAGAAACGCGAUACCGGCACCCGCACCGGGCAACUACAUGAAGGAAACCAAUACGAAGAUCGAGGCUCCCAGCAUUCCCAAGAUCGACUACAGAAAUUGGCCCGGCGCGGAAACGUUCUGUGAGUUGUAUGUGGACAAGCGACAGCCGGUGAUCGUGCAAAACGUGCCGGAACUAUUGCAGGGACAGUCGAUAUCGCAUUGGUGCGGAGAGGACACCAAGGUCGCGUUUGAAAAAGAAGAAUUGGCAGAGGGUGGAGACGUCUCACCGGCAUGUUCUCCUGAUAGUGAAGAUAUCACUAGCAGGUCGAACAACAAGUUUGGCUCCCGGAGUGCAGAGGAGCGUGCCGUCUGCCGUUUCGCAGAGUUUGAGCAAAGCUUGGCUGGGAAAACGAGCAAAAGCUCAUGUAGUAGUGGAAACAGGAACAGCUCUAGUACAUCUCGUGAAAAGCUUUAUUUGACAACCCAGCCACUGCCGCAGGACGAUUAUGGGCGAAACGCGGUGCUCUGUGGAGAUCAUUUUUUGCACACGACAGCAACUGCACAAAAUGGUUCAGCACCGCCGGCUGCCAAGCAAGUGGAUGAACAACGCUCCGCUACAGCAACGCUUUUCGAUGUCGCACAGGAUUUUUUCGCGGACCGAAUUCUGGGGAAUCACCUGAUCCCCUACCAGUACAACCUGUGGUAUGGUCGGGAAAAGGCGCAAACACCGCUGCACCACGAUUUCCACGACAAUUUGUACUACCUACACGAAGGGAGGAAGAGGUUUCUCCUUUUCCCGCCAGAUAUGCACGAAAUCGUCUUUAAAAAUACGACGAACCAGGACGACGGUGGAAAAGCGACGCACACAACGACCAAGAACACGAUCAAAAAGUAUACGAGCACGAAGCGGGUCUGCCAUUGGAAUGGACUUUUGACUUACGACGCUGAAGUCCGCAGCGAUGGAGCGCUCUGUAGCGUCGUGGAGGACGAAAAGGCCGCUGAUUUUUACAAGAGACCACGAAAGAAAAAUACAACCUCGAAUACAACAGUUGACAGCGAUGAGGACGAGGCCUUUCUGGAGCAGGCGCUGCUACGACAUCAGACGAGAGGACGAGGAGGAAAACGACGCCGGGAUCGUGGUAGUUCGAAGGAUACCAUCCAGAACAAGCGGCGCCGCACGGAUUUUUCAAGCUGCAGCAGUGACGAAGAGGACAUCAGCUCGGAUAGCACGACGUCACUCGGCGAAGAUAAAAGGAAACCUGACGGCGCAACAGGUAAUCUGCCGCCGCACUUCUCCCAUUUCACAGCAGCUGAAGUUGCUGCAUCGUCAGGUUUGCAGCCACUCACGGUGACUUUGGAAGCUGGGGAGAUGCUUUACUUACCGGCCUCUUGGUUCCACGAAGUGCAUUCCUGCAGUACGAGUUGUCCUUCAGCUGACUCGACCUCAGACUGCAAGCACCUCGCAAUAAAUGCUUGGUUUCACCCGCCAGGCCGGAGAUUUUUCAAUGCCUGCGACGCGAGCCCGAACUUGGAAAUGGAACCGAGAAGAGGACAAAAUAAUCGUCGACAACAAGAAAGAAGCACGCCACAUCUUCAAGAACCCAAGAAAUUUUACACCGACGACUUCUGGCUGAACUUUUACGAGAAGCAGCAGCUACCGAGGACGAGAGAGCGACAAAAGGUUUUGUUGCUGGAAGCGAGUCAAAGGCAAGAGAGCUGCAAACCUGUUGAUCAGAAGGUGUCAGACCCGGAGGAAGGAGUAGAUGUAGAAAAGCUGCAAAAGCACCAAAUCAAAGGGAGCUGUAAAGGUGAAAAUCAUCAGGGCAACGAAGACCAGAAAAUUUCGUCAAAAGCCCCACGCGAGGACCUCCGCGUCGAUGUCGAAUCGCCAGACGCACAAAAUCACUGCCGCGUCCAGAAACUGAUGCGGAGAAAAGAAAAGUGGUGGGCGAAGUGGAACCAACUCUACGAUUUCGACAGAUGGCUGAACGAUUGUGACUGCAUCGCGUCCUCGAGGGGCAUGCGCUUGGAAACGAAGCAAAGAUAAAAAGUCGUGUCAAGAAGUACUGCUAUACACAGAUACCAGCGAAAACCUUUUUUUGUAAACCAAAGCAACCUGAUGAUGAAU